UUCUUAUCGGAGAUUUCUCUCUUCUUCGUUGAGAUUUCACUUUCUCUCUCUCUUGAGCGAUCUUAUCGAAGAUUUUCUGAUCAAGUUUGCAAACGAUGCCGAAUUCUCGAAGGAGGACACUUUUGAAAGUCAUAAUUUUGGGUGAUAGCGGAGUUGGGAAGACGUCUUUGAUGAAUCAAUAUGUCAAUAAGAAGUUCAGCCAUCAGUAUAAAGCAACAAUUGGAGCUGAUUUCUUGACAAAGGAGGUGCAAUUCGAGGACAAGCUUUUUACUCUGCAGAUCUGGGACACAGCAGGCCAGGAAAGAUUUCAAAGCCUUGGUGUUGCAUUUUACCGUGGAGCUGAUUGUUGCGUUCUUGUUUAUGAUGUCAAUGUAAUGAAGUCAUUUGACAAUCUUAACAAUUGGAGAGAAGAGUUCCUUAUUCAGGCAAGCCCUUCUGAUCCCGAAAACUUCCCAUUCAUUGUUAUAGGGAACAAAAUAGACGUGGAUGGUGGAAACAAUAGAGUGGUUUCAGAGAAAAAAGCUAAAGCUUGGUGUGCCUCAAAAGGGAAUAUCCCAUACUUCGAAACAUCGGCCAAAGAGGGAAUCAAUGUGGAAGAAGCUUUCCUGGUAAUAGCAAGGGAUGCUCUUAAGAGUGGAGAAGAGGAAGAAAUAUAUAUGCCCGAUACCAUUGAUGUUGGAAGCAGCAGUCAGCAAAGGUCGUCCAGUGGGUGCGAUUGCUGAAGGUAGGUAUGUAUUUAUGUUCAUAAGAUGUGCAAAUAUGGAAUAUAUUAGCAUAUUAUUUAUCAGGGUGUACAAUAACAUAUGUGAAGUGAUAACUUGACUUUGUGAUGUUGAUAAAUCUUGCGAUAUUGUCCUUUGACAA